CUUCUUAGAACGCACGCGGUGUGCGGAGUUUGACCUACUGCUGCUACAAGACUCGUUCUUUGCGCCCCUUAUCAAACCCCACUUUCGUUUUGAUAGAAGGAUAAUUUUCUGCUUAAAAACACGGGCUAAAAAUCAUUGCUCCUUCCGCUAUUUCGUAAUUUUUUAAAAAAUACGUGUAUUUAUUAUUACGGUUAAUGAAUUAUUUGUUAGACGAAUGCGGGAAAAUAAUUUGGAAUAACCACGAGGAUCUUUUUCCAGUAUUCCAGCUUUGGAGCAAAUCCUUUGGAGAAGAUGCCUUUUUAUUUUUUGAAAGUUGCUCCAAUAGUCUUUUUCUUCUUUGAACUGAUUCAAUCCCAAGAAGGCAAUGAUUUUCAGUGUGACUGUAUGGAAUACUGGGAGUGCGUGGGACAAGGCGGGGCACCUCUUGCCUACUGUGAUUACUCGCACAAAGUAUGCUGUUUCUUUGACUCCAACGUGCAGAACGUGGGAAUCCUCCCCAAGAAAGGCAAAUUGUCCUCCUGCGGGCAGAAGGGAGCGGACAGCGGGAAAGACGGCGUCUCAGAAGCCGGAGAAUGGGCUUGGCAUGUUGCUAUCUUGGAGAAGCCUUUGGAUUUGUAUGUCUGUGGUGGAUCGCUUUUGGACGAAUACUGGGUACUGACCGCAGCUCAUUGUGUGGAUGAUUAUUCUACAGCUCGAAUUCUCAAGGUUCGUCUCGGGGAACACGAUGUAUCGUCUCUGGCCGAACGACACCCCCACGAAGAAUUCGAUGCAACGAGAAUCGUUCUGCAUCCCCGCUUCAACAACGAGACGCUAGAGAACGAUAUCGCUCUUCUUCAACUAUCCAGUCCCGUAAGACGAAAGCCUCACAUAAACAUCAUCUGCAUUCCAGACACGGAGACAGAGGAAAGAGAGCUUCUGGCGUCAUCUUCGUGUUAUAUCACAGGUUGGGGCAGGAGAACAGAAUCUUCCAACCAUUCCUUCGUGCUGAAAGAAGUGAACGUCCCCAUAUGGCGAGUAGGGGACUGUGAGUCGGCUCUGCAGCUCCAGUUUGGCUCCGACUUCACCUUACCCGGCACUUCCUUGUGCGCAGGCGCAGAAGGCAGAGAUGCCUGUGAUGGUGACGGAGGUGGUCCUCUUGUGUGCUUAAAGAAAUCUCGAUGGUACCAAGUGGGCGUCAUUUCUUUUGGCAUUGGAUGUGGACGGCGGAACAUUCCAGGUGUAUACACGCGAGUUCAAGCCUUCUCCUCCUGGAUCUACGCCACAGUCACAAGGUACGGGCGGCCCACCACUUGAACAUUGCCUACGUCUUAUUAUUAAAGGAGGCUUCUCCUAUGUGCUGAAGUUUUACAGACUGCUUGUACCAAACUAUUAGAAGAGAUGAAGUUUCUUCCAAAGGAAUAUAAACUCACUUGUGCUAUUUUGCCACAGGGUUGCGGGAUUGUCGUAUACCACAAAAUUGCUUUUUUCCAGCUUUAAUUGGCAACAAAAAAUGCAUUUGGCAUUUUAGAGAUUUUUUUUUGUGUGUAUAUUGAAAUUAUUUUCAUAAAACAUACGCAUAAUCAUUUAAAGCUUUCCUCAGAAUUUGAUGGUUUAGUACCUUGCAUAUGGAACUGUUUUUACCUACAUAUUGAUGUUUCUUGCGACUUUGUAAUUCUUCAGUUUGCAGCAAUAAUGAUAGCCGAUUAGAAUACAAAGUCCGGUUUAUCUCUCUACGAGGUUGCUGAUGCAGUUUUAGUUAUGCAAAUCAACAAAUAUUCGCAGAGUACACAGUAAAUAGGUUACAGAUGCCAACAGAGAAAAUCCUUGAAGUAUUUAUGAAAUAAACAGUUUUAUUUUUGUGAAUAACCCCUACCUAUAAUGGAAGUGUUAUGCUAGCGAUGUAGGAGGGUCUUAACACUUGCGGUAUCCAAAUCUUUUUGUUACUGUUGCUGUCACAUACAAAUGCUUUAUUCGGUGUCUACGGCAUCCAAGAAAUGUAUGUCUCCAAGAUGAGUUUCGACAAGACCAGACAAAAGAAAAACCUCUUGAGGCUCUUGAAAACUGUUUUUUUUUUUUUUUUUUUUUUUUUGAAAAGUUGUUACCGAAAUUUCGCAAUAUAUCCCAGCUGACGGCAUAUGCUGUGACUCGACAUGCCUUAACGUUUUUUCUGAAUUUAUCCAAUUCUGCACGAAUCUGCAAAUUUACUGCAGUAUGAUGUGUGACAGAGCAAUUACUAAGUGCAUUCACUCUUCUUUUCUAGAAAUAGACUGUCAACACCAAAAAGAAAAAAAAAAAUCACAUUCCAUGCUCCUCUGAGGUACCUUCCUCUCAUAUGGUAAUUAUUUUUACACUGUCCUGAUACAUUUUCAAUGAUGGUGGCGACGCUUAAAAGUCGUUAAGAAGUAUGAUAGUAUUUGUAUUUGGUAACACUUUUGAAACUACUCUGUAACCUAUUUAUUGACUUUCUCUCGUAGAGUGAAAAAUACACAUGUUUUUUCUUGCAUAUUUCUGUGAUAAGUUGGAUUUAAGUUAAAUAAUCUGGCAACCCUGUUCUGCCACAGCGUUAUGUGUUAUGCAUAGUGCCAUGAAUGGAGCCUACAUUGUCCAAGAGGAUCCAAGAAGUUUUUCUCAACAUAAUGUACGUUUAAGACACUUUUAUCUGCCACUUUUUAAAGGUACCUGUUAUACUAGAAGAAACAGGAAUAAUUUUAUUAUUGUAAAUUUUUGUGUUUUUAUAUACAUUAAAAUUUUUCAUUCUGUAGA